CACGAGUGCGCAGUCAAAGGAGACGCGGUGCGCCAGUUUUGUGAGAAGCAUUAUCAGAAGAUCAAAAACUACAUUGCCGACCUUAACACCAAAUAUCCGGUGCCUUGCCAGUGCACGGUGGAAGAAUCAGGUAACAAGCAGAUCGUUCGCAUUCACUUCGCAUGUCAAGAUCGUAGCGACCUUUGUCUUUACACCAGCACGUGUUUCGCGUUCAAAACCAAAAUACCUCAUCUUUGGCUGCACCUAAUGUUUUUACAUCUGCAGUUGGUACAAAAGAGAAGUGGGUGGCCUUUCAUAGAGGCAGUCACCGACUCUUCCCAUGUGCUGUUUGAAUCGAUCAGCGUCUUGAAAACCCUACAGCUUUUGGAAGGUGGUUCAGUCACCCCUAAUUCUGGAUCAUUCUUGCGAAGCGGUGAGGAAGCUCAAGGUCUGUUGGGAAUGUCUGACAUCGAAUUCAACCAAGUCAAAAAGUUUCACGGCUCUGACUGGCAGAAUCACAAAGAUGCAAUUCGGCCAGAACAGCAAGUUCUGCUGACCGAACUUCAAGUCGCUGGCUACUACGAUCUGUUUGCGUAUAACGCUGCCAAGAAGAAGUGGUGCUGUUUCGCCUGCAAUCAUCCAGAGCGGGUACAGAACUUUUUGAAGCAAUCCAAUGCUCCAGUGAUUGAAGGACAACUGAAAGAAAAGAAAGGAAGAUGGAAAUUUUUCAAGCGAUGGCGAACGAGAUACUUCACGUUGUCU